ACUUCAGUCGGGCUCACAGCGUGCCCGGCCAUUCAGCGGCAGCUGCGAUUGGAAACUAUGUGCGCGCCGGCGGCCAUGGAGAAGAGGGCGCACGCGAUGCUGUUCCCGUUCCCGUGCUCGGGCCACAUCAACCCGACGCUGAAGCUUGCGGAGCUACUGCACUCGCUCGGGGUGUACGUCACCUUCGUCAACACGGAGCACAACCACGAGCGUCUGCUGCGGACUGGGGCGGGGACGGCGGGCGGCCUGCGGGGGAGGGAGGGGUUCAGGUUCGAGGCCGUCCCCGACGGGCUGUCAGAGGAGGACCGGCGCAGCCCGGACAGGACCAUGAAGCUGUACCUGUCGCUGCGGAGGAGCUGCGGCCCGCCGCUGGUGGCGCUGGCGCGGAGGCUCGCAGCGUGCGAGGGCGUGCCGCCCGUCACCUGCGUCGUGCUCAGCGGCCUCGUCAGCUUCGCGCUGGCCGCAGCGGAGGAGAUCGGCGUGCCGUCGUUUGUGCUCUGGGGCACCAGUGCGUGCGGCUUCGUCUGCACGCUCCGGCUGCGGGAGCUCCGGCAGAGGGGAUACACGCCGCUCAAAGACGAGAGCUACCUGACAAAUGGGUACCUCGACAUGCCGAUCGACUGGAUCGCCGGGAUGCCGCCGGUGCGGCUCGGCGACAUCUCCAGCUUCGUCCGGACGCUGGACCCGAGAUGCUUCGCGCUGCGCGUGGAGGAAGACGAGGCGAACAGCUGCGCCACGGCGCAGGGCCUCAUCCUCAACACGUUCGAGGACCUCGAGUCCGACGUCCUCGACGCGCUCCGGGAGGAGUUCCCGCGGGUGUACACCAUCGGUCCCCUGGCCCCCGAAAUGCACAGCCGCGUCGACCGCGCGCAGGGGCACGGGCACGGCGCGGCCGGGCUGAGCCUGUGGGAGGAGGACGCAGCGUGCGUGGCGUGGCUCGACGCGCAGCCGGAGGGGUCGGUCCUGUACGUCAGCUUCGGGAGCCUGGCCGUGCUCUCUCUGGACCAGCUCGUCGAGCUCGCGUGGGGCCUCGCCGCCAGUAACCGCCCGUUCCUCUGGGUUGUCCGGCCGGGCCUCGUCGCGGGCGAUCGCGGCGUCGACGCGCUGCCCGAUGAGUUCCUCGCAGAGACCAAGAACCGGUGCUUCAUCGCGGAGUGGUGCGCGCAGGAGCAGGUGCUGCGGCACCGCGCCGUGGGCGGGUUCCUGACGCACAGCGGGUGGAACUCGACGAUGGAGAGCAUCUGGUCCGGCGUGCCGAUGAUCUGCUGGCCCGGGUUCGCCGACCAGUACAUCAACUGCCGGUACGUGUGCGAGGAAUGGGCCAUCGGGCUGCGCCUGGACGAGCAGCUGCGGCGGGAGCAGGUGACGGCGCACAUCGAGGAGGUCAUGGGAGACACCAAAAAGAGCAAGGAGAUGAGGCGCAACGCCGACAAGUGGAAGGCUUCGGCCGAGGCGGCGACGGCGCCGGGUGGGUCGUCGUACGAGAACCUCGAUAAGCUUGUCGAGGUGCUGCGGCUGGAGGAAGCUGACGCCGAGCUUGCCUCGUCCACGCACGCCCAGUGACGACAUCCCCCACCGCUCGAUGCAAGCGUAAUGCACUUUGGACGUUUCCUCUCGUCUCGCAGUUGUCAGCUCUUAUCCUAGAUGCUGAAUAAGAGUUUGAUGACAGAUGUGGCAGUAACUAGUUUCGUACACGAAUGCAGUGUUUCA